GAUAUAAACAUUAAGCUUUUGAAAUUGAGAUGCGUAUAACAUGAAUGCUAUAUCGGGUGACAGAAUUAUAAAAUGGAGGAAACCAGAGGAUCUUAUACCAAUUCAUACCUUUGAUAACAAAAAAGUGUUUAAGACUCCUGCAUUUUUACGAAAAUGGUCAAUUGAUAUUAUCGUGACAAAUAUGAACACGAACGGCAAUCUAAUUUCAGUUGCUUUAGGCUUUGGAACUACUUUUUCUGGCUAACGCUUAUUUUACUACGGAUAAUAUUAUACAGGAUCUGGCCAAGAAGCAGGAAGUGAGAUGUCGCGUGAUGAACACAUGGUUGUUGCAGCCAUAGACUUUGGUACAACGUAUUCUGGUUACGCUUUUAAAUUCCGAGGAUCCGACAAGAUCUGUUCCCUUUCAACCUUCAGUGGGUCUACGAUCACGAACAAAGCUCCGACCGUCAUCCUAUUUGACAAGGAUGAGAAUUUCAACUCAUUUGGAUACCAGGCUGAAAACAUGUAUGCAAAACUUGCGGAAGAAACCAACCACAAGGGGUGGAGGUAUUUCCGUUGGUUUAAAAUGGAUUUGCAGAGAGGACCAACACAAAAGAAGCUGCGUGUUACUACAACAUUAAGGGACGACCAGGGACAGCCAAUGAACAUAAUAGACGUGUUUGGAGGAGCACUCAAAUACCUCAAAGACGAGCUGAUGGAAACUCUCUUAGCAUCUGCCCCACGCACUGAGGAAAAGGACGUCAAAUGGACGAUUACUGUUCCCGCCAUCUGGGAUGAUGCUGCGAAACAAAUAAUGGUGCUUGCAGCUGAAAAGGCUGGGAUAGCAUUUGAACACCUUCAACUUGUUUACGAACCAGAGGCGGCCGCUAUAUAUUCCAUCAAUGAGUAUUCAACCGCUUAUGAUCCUCGACAGAGGGACAUCUUUAAAACUGACAGCAACUUUAUUCUCAUAGACCUUGGCGGAGGCACUGUUGACAUUACUGCACACAAGGUUAAUGUUGAUGGCACUUUGGAUGCACUUAUGCCGCCAUCAGGAGGACCCUGGGGAGGAUACAACGUGAAUAAAAAGUUUUUUCAGCUUUUGGAAGACUUAUUUGGAGCAAAGGUAUUGCAGAAGUUUUCUAGAGAAGAAAAGGACGAACUACUUGAGCUUGAACGAACGUUUGAAGUAAAGAAAAGACAGGAUGGUCAGUUCAGUCUCAAACUUCCGGCACGACUCAUUGAACUAGCUGGUGUAACACAAGUUCAAGAAAGCCAACAAGCUAUGAAAGUCUCAUACAGAAGAGAUAAACUAUUUAUCAAGGCUAAAGCAGUGUUAGACAUCUUUAAAGAAACAAUUGAACAUACGAUUGUUCAAGUUAGCGAGCUAUUGCAAAAAACAGACUUACAGAACGUUUCAACGAUUGUAUUAGUCGGUGGGUUUGCAGAGUCCAAAAUCUUUCAACAGAUGGUGAAAAGUCAUUUCGAUUCAAACAGAUAUUUGCUAAUAAUUCCUCAGGCUCCUGAACUUGCUGUUUUGAAAGGUGCAGUUCAUUACGGACUAGACGGGUCUUUUAUUCGUACACACAGAAUGCCGUAUACUGUAGGGAUCGACACAUCUGUGGAGUUUGAAGAAGGAAGACACCCUGAAAAACUAAGGGUCUUCCAAAACGGCUCGUUCAAGUGUAGCGGUAUAUUCAAAGUUUUCAUCGAAAGAGGAACACAAAUUGAACCCAUUAUGGAGUCAGCAAUGCAUGAGUUUCGUACUCCAAGCUCAGAGGAAGCUGUUAUAGAACUUUAUAAGACAGAUAGAGAUGCUGUACCCACUUACAUAGAAGAUUGCAAACGACUCGGCGAAGUUAGGCUUACCUUAAUUGCUCCAACGCAGGACGCCGAACUUAAAAAGGAUUUAGUUCAACCGCAGAAUCCAAUUAUACAAGUUAAAAUGUAUUUUGGUGACACGUUGGUCACUGUGAAAGCCAUCGAGCGUGGAACGAAUAACUCUGUUCUCGCAGAUAUUGACUUUCUGUGAACAAGUACCUACUAAUAAAUUGCCAUUGACCUUAUGUGGGAUAGGAUGUGAACCUUCCCAGCUUUAAAUUAAUCGGCUAAAUGAUAUACAUAUCCACCUUAUAAGGUGUAUUGUAUACACAUGUAACAAUCAUUAUUUUGUCUCACUUGUUGUGCUGCAACACAUAUUGUUUGGAUUCCACACUAUCAGACAUUUGACAGGCUUAGUGAGACUGCCACCUUCGGGAAUACUGGAUUGUGCAUAUCACCAGGAAUGUUUUGUUUUAUCCUGGAAAAAUCCAAUUUUGUCAAUGUUAUUAAACUUUCCUAAACCUUG